GACUUCGUGAAAGCGUGUUCGAAGAAUGAACAUUGCCAGACAGUGGUGUGAGGGCCACACUACUCCCAUCCUAUGUGUGGGGGCAGCUCCUGGUCCAGAGGGUCUUGUUGCCUCAGGAUCAGAGGGUGGACAAAUAACAGUCUGGAACCAGGAAGGUGUCAUAAUUGGAAAUCUCCAACUACCUGGUGAAGAUGACUGUACUAGUGUUGUUUUCUCACCGUCUGCUCCAGCACAGCUGUAUGUGUCUCAUGGAGAGACUGUGAGUGUAGUGGACUACAGAAACUUGAAGAGCACUGUGGAGCAGUUUGAAGGUGUAGGUGAGGAGGAGAUCAAUGCUCUUGCACUUAAUGAGACCGGCUCGGCUUUGGCUGUGGCUAAUGACUCAGGAGCUGUCCGUAUACUGGAUCUACCAGGAGGGAAAGUAUGCAGGACCUUACGCAGACACACCAACAUCUGCUCCUCACUGGACUUCCGACCUCAAAGGCCCAAUAACCUUGUGUCAGUAGGACUAGACAUGCAGGUGAUACUUUGGGGUUUACAAAAGACCCGGCCUCUGUGGACCCUUAACAUUCAAGACAGUUUGGAGGAGGAAGAGGUCCUUCACCAGCAGCCUGGUCAGCUCUUCAACCCACCACUGGCCCAUUGUGUUACAGUGUCCAGUUGUGGAAAUAUAGUGAGCUGUGCAGCUGAAGAUGGACGGGUACAUCUGUUGAGAAUCGGUAGUGGAUCAAAACUUGAGCAGCAAGGGUCAGUCAAAGCCCACAGUCAGGGAGCCUCGCAGGCACAUUUUGUGAACUCUCUUUCUCAUCCAUACUGGCUUAUCAGUGGGGGUAAUGACGGCCAUGUUGCCCUGUGGGAUCUUAGUAAACACCCUGUAGUGGAGGGAAAAUUGAAACCCCUAUCCACAGGAAAUGAUGGGAGACGGAGGAAAAGCAAAAUCAAAGCUAAGCACAAGAAACAAGACAGAACAGAGCCAUCACAAGAGGUUGAAGCGCAAACGAACACCUGCAAAGAUACUGAAAAUAUGGAUUCAUCUGAGCCCAAACUAAAAAUCAACCACGGAGAGAAGGUGAACUGGCUGUGUCCAGCUGUAUUGAAGGGGGAGCCAAUUGUGGUGGUGGCUGAUCAGAGCUCUAGUCUUACCAUCUACCCACUAACCACACAGUAGACUAGUUUGACUGGACAUCGGGAAAUAUGGUUUAGUGUGUGAACUGUAUAGUGGAAGAUAUUUUUACAGUAAUUUAUCAGAAUUUCAUAUACUUAAUUGUAAUGUAAAUGCAUUAUUAUGCAUAUUUUCAUAGGGACAUGUUUGCUGUGCUUGUCUAACAUUAACUUAUGAAUUGCAAGUAUUAAAAUGAAGAUGUAACUCCCAUGUUUUAAUUUGUUUAACAUUUAGUAUAUCACACCAGCAGACAAGCAAGUGUAAUUAGUUUUUGUUAUCUUUUUAUUAACCAUCUUUUGAACAAGCAAAAACUAUAAUGUAAACAAUACAAUCACUUUAAAAGCUGUUUUAAACUUUAACACAAUUUCAAUUCAACUCCUGCCAAAGCAGUGAAAAGGCACUAGUAGUCUGACCUUUGUUCUUCUUUUUUAAAUUAGAGUUGGUAAAUCUUAAAGUCUUGAGUCUUUCAUGUUCUUGAUUUUAAAAGUGGAUAUAAAUGGUUGUG